AUGUCCACAUCAAGUUCGAAUGGUGAAGAGGUGUUCUCGCAACAUUGCGAUGAAGAGACCCCGUUGGAUACACCCGAGCUUGUUCAUGAUGAGAAAGAUGACAAAAAUGAGGAAAGACCCGAGUCCGAGUGUGGUGAUGAUUCUGAUGAUGAGGUGUUGAGGAGCAUCGGCACCGUGGAGGGAGAAGAGCUUCUUGCCUUCUUCGACAAUGUCAGAAGUGCCUACCAAAUUGACACUAGCAGUCUUUCUCUCCCCCAGCUGGUCGUCGUUGGAAGCACCAGUUGCGGGAAGUCAUCGCUUUUACAGGGUCUCACAAAGCUCCCAUUCCCAGUGGACAAUGGGAUAUGCACCCUUUUUGCGACAGAAACUAUGAUUCACCGCUGCGAUCCAUCUGUGAAUCCACACUACUCAAUUACCAUACAAACAACCGAGCCAAAUGACUUCGUGCCCCGCGAAUAUUCCAAUGAAUCGUGGUCAAAUGUUUCUCUGCACCUCAAAAGCGACCUUGAGGAUAUAUUCAGCCAACAGCAUGCGAAGACUAACAUACCGCGACGACUGAUCAAUAAUAAAAGAAUUGAUCGCCUUCACGACCAGGUGAUGAAAGUCAAUGUCUACAAGCAUGAUCAAGCCCACUUCAGUGUGAUUGAUAUCCCGGGACUUAUUAGUGGUGGCUCGAAGUCGGAUCAGAGACUAUCUGAAAAUCUCGCACGCCAGUAUAUGAGCAACCCUCGUGCUAUAAUUCUGGCCGUCAUGCCUGCCGUUGACGACAUUCACAACCAAGCUGUUCUACGUCUUGCGAGAGAGGAAGGGGCCAUGAAACGGACAAUUGGAGUGGUUACCAAGUGUGACAUGCUACAAAAGCACGAUGAGGCAAAGACAAUUACCCUUCUCAAGAAUCAAGAUCCGGAGCAUAGGCUUGAACUAGGAUGGUUUGCUGUUCGCAACCGAACCACCGAAGAAAUCGAGCAGGGGCUUACGUAUCGAGAGCGAGACGAGAAGGAAUAUCGGCUGUUCAACCAGAAGCCUUGGUCGACUUUGCAUACCAACUUCGCGGGAAUUGCCAAUCUGAAGAACUGUGUUUCUGAUAUCAUGUACAAGCAUGUCAAGGCAAGUUUUCCUGCUGUGCAGAAGGAUAUCGUCGAAAAGCUCCAAUCGGCUAAGCACAACUUGGAUUUGCUGGGCGCUGCCAGGGACAGUGAGAAGAUGCAGUCCCUAUACCUGGAUGAUGUCCAGAGAAAGUUCGAAGACUUGGCUCAAAAAAGGCUUUCCGGACUUUACGAUGACUGUUCCCUUGAUCACCCAUCACGGCUGAGAUAUCAUUUAGACAAGCUCGUGGGGGAGCUUCAAAAGACCGUCGAAGAGGAUGGGAUUGAGCACAGAUACCCGACCGAUGAAGAAUUCGGGAAGCGGAUAAACGAGCUCGAAUAUAAAGAAAGCCCUGCUGAUUGGGAAGCAAAGAUCCUGGCGCCGGGCGAUAUAUUUAGCUGGAUGCUACGGUUCUGGAACGAAAACAGGGGUGAUGGCUUAUGGUACAUACCGCCACAAGACUACGAGAAUAGGCUUUGGAAAAGUCAGAUCAAAUCUUGGAACGGAAUUGCGAGCAAUUUCCUUUUCAAGACGCGUCAACUGAUCCAAGCCUUCUCAGAUUCUUUGCUAGAGGAGUUGUGCCCUGACAAGCAAAUUUAUGAAAAGAUCAGAAACGCCCUGCAAGCACAAAAAGAUGAGGCUAUUCUCCGGGCAGAGCAGGAACUUGAUGCCAUUUUGAGUGAGAUUGGCAGAAUGAAUACCUAUGAUCGAAGCUAUGUACAAAGAGUACAACAGAAACAUCAAGAUUGGAACGCAUUCCUCGAAACUUGUGAUAUCAAACUUCGGUAUAUUGGUACAACGUUUUUCAAUCUCACGGCAUUCCAAGAUCUCGCUCAGUGGCGAUUUGUGGACAAUGUGAUGAUUCAGGUUGUUGAACGCCACUUGUUAGGUCCGUCGGGACUUAUCUUCUGUUUCAGCUCGAAAUGGAUUCGAAACCUCUCCGGUCUUCAACUUGAUGAUCUUGUUGGGGAGGAUGAGGGACGGAAGCGAACGCGUGCCGAUCUACAAACCGAGAUCAAAGAGUUAGAUCAAAUUCUUGGGCAAGCUCAAGCUCUCCAGUAUAGGUAG